CGCACCAAUUGUCUUCUACUUUUUGUAGCUUAUCUACCUAUAUCUUGUAUACUUUAUUGAAAAUUUUCACAUGGUUGCAUAAUAUAUAACUUUUGCUUGGAGAAACAGAUGGAGUAAAGACGUAUACGGCUUAAAUCAUGCAUUUUAUGAUAUCACGGAUGAGCGUGAGCCGGCCAAAAUCCAAGUAAAGAUUGCUUGGGCAUGUAGAAACACGUAAGAGUUCGCCCUAAAACCUUUUCUCCCAGACCCGAAUAUCGAGGAGCCGUCAACACCAAAACUCACCGACGCCGGUGGAGCUUUGGCUCGCCGGCGUCAGGGUAUCUCGACCAUAGUUUUCGCUCUGUAUCUUCUCUGCUUUCUUAGUUUUCUUUCUCAAUUCUGUUUUCCCCUUUUGUUUCUCUUUUGUCAAUCGACGCAAACCCCCCUCAAUCAACCAGAUCCAGCUUCACUACCGACGGAAAUCACGUCCCCUGGUCACUUUAAUCAUAGAUCCGGAAUGGCAAUCAACUCUGCAGAUCUCUCUUCCCCAAUGUCACCCGAGCCUUGGCAGGCGGAGACGGCGACGACGUUUGGAGAGGACUCCUCCAGAGAAUUGAAUUUUCUCUGCGUUUGGACUACCGUCUUGAACACUUACCUUUCCCUGAGCUUGGCAGCCCUGUAUAUGCUCCCACCGGAGACGCAGAAGUUUCCUUCACUCUCCCUGGUCAGCCGCUGUACGUAUCAUCUCUCUCGGUUCUUCACAGCACUUUUCCUGUGGAUGAACAUCAAAACAAAGCUCGGCACGCUAGCUUUACAGAAGGUUUUGCCCAAUUUCCAAGAUCCCAGGUUCUAUUUAUCUAACCCUCUAUUAUCCUGUUGACUUUGCCUAAACUUUCUGGCUAUACUCGAUGUCCGAAGACUGCAUCAAAGAACCCAUUUAGUUAGGCUGUCUUGGAUGUAUAAAGGGUAUAUUAGAAUUUUGGUGGCUACUCUGCUCAUGACUUUGUCGGGUGAAUCCCGAAACUCCCUUUAUCAAAGGGAUGUCAACCCCCAACGCCCACCUUACUUCCCGAAACUCAGGUCUGUUGCUUCCUGUUCCGUGUUUUGUCGAGCUCAAUCCUUGUGUGGAAUUCUUGAUCACCAUCUCCAUGGCAGAGAGGAUCCACCUGAUUGGUCACGACCUGACACUUAUCCUCUGCACCUAAUAAUCACUACGUUGAGAGGAUCCACCACUUAUGAUUCGAAUGUACACAUGCUGCUCACGAAACCUGGUUUAGCUCCAAUGAUGAACUCUACCUUGCCUAAACUCUUGAAGCCUUAUGGCUCCGCAACUCUGAUGACACAGUACCGAGGAUGUGAUCUUGAUCUUAGAGGUUUCUCUAUCAGCAAUCACCUCUCGUCAAUUCCGGCCAAUUGCCUUAAACACCACCGCUCCAAGCAACCCAAUAUCUCCACCUCCAUUACCAUCCGGACUUUUGUCCCCCAACUCCUUGACCUGGCCUUGCUUCGGCUAGUGCUCUUCAUCCAGGUGAGCUUUUUGGCUCUACCGAUCAUUUUAACGGCACAAUGUCUCUCGACUGUGACCAACUUGUCAUCUGUCGAACUCAUCGACGACGACCAUUCUUGCAACCUUGAUGCCACAUGUAUCCAACUGCUCCAUAGCUUUUGUUUCAUACCGAUCAUGGACUCUUGCUUGAUGUUCUAUCUUUCUUUACUCAUGCUUAUGGUUUUGGGAAAACCUUUGUAUGUCGCUUUUUAAACUCUGGGAUUUAUAUCCUUUUAUUUGUAUUGUUUCUGUCUGAUUGAAUAGAAACAACCGUUUGAUCAAAAAAAAAAAAAUGAUAUCACGGAUGAGCUAUGGAAUGUAAUAGAGUAAGCCAUAUAUAGGCUCAUAGCAAUCACCUAAUUGUCUCAGUCUCAUAGUCUUUCUAGGUUUGAAAGCUGUUUUUGAUGAUAAUA